GGCGAACGCCGAAGGAAUGAAAGAGAACAACAGCAACAACUCCUCCGCCAUCGUCCCCAUGGUCGAUGGAGAACCAGCCAUCACUCUCCGAGAUCUCACGAACAAGAUGGCGGACUUCGCUAUGGAGCGCGACUGGGACCAGUUUCACAGCCCCAGGAACCUACUUCUUGCUCUGGUUGGGGAGGUUGGGGAGCUCUCUGAGAUUUUUCAAUGGCGGGGUGAGGUGCCAAGAGGGUUGCCUGGGUGGGAUGAGAAGGAGAAGGAGCAUUUGGGUGAGGAGCUUUCGGAUGUGCUGCUUUAUUUGGUCAGGCUUGCUGAUAUUUGUGGGGUUGAUCUUGGUGUGGCGGCGCUCAGGAAGAUGGAGAUCAAUGCGCGCAAGUACCCCGUUCAGUACUGUAAGGGUUCUUCCAAGAAGCGCAAUCACUAUUCUUCUGAGAAUCCCACUGAGGAGCUUUAGUGGAUAGCAGCAGGGGUGGAAAAAUGGAGGUUUUUGUUUGCACUCUUUUUGCUUUUUGCUUUUUGCAUGGAAAUGAGCCUUUGAUGUGUGAUGGGGGUGAGGUAUCAGCUAUGGUUGAUGGAUGGAAAUCAUGGAAUGCUCUUUUUCCUUGCUUUUUUGAGCUUUUGUUGUGCAAGGGAUGCAAAGUGACCUCUAUAAAGUAAACUUCUUGUUGGUA